AUGUUUGGCAACAAGGUACUUCAAACCUACAAAAGAAAACGGAAAUCUCAAAGUGGCAGUUUCAUCCAUAGAAAUCGAUGCCAAAAUUCAGUUUGUGAAGAUUCCCAUGAUUGUUCUUUAGCUAAACGAGUUAAACACAACAAGCUAACUGAUGAGAAGACAUCAGAAAAACAUGAAGAAAAGUCAAUGGAUACUAGUGAUGGAAAAAAGUCAUGCUUUGAAAGCAUCAAACAGCAGGAAGAGUCAUCAACACUUCCGGUUCAAAAGUCAGGUGACCUGGAAGCAGGGCAGCUUGGAAAUCAUGAUGAAAUAGAGAGGGUAGUUACUAUGAAGGAAUCAUCUUCAGGGCAGCUUGGAAAUCAUGAUGAAACAGAGAGGGUAGUUACUAUGAAGGAAUCAUCUUCAACGAGACAUCCAUGCGACGAUAACUCGAAGGAGGAUGUUGAUGAAUUACCCCUAAUAAAGAAGCCUUUACAGAAUGAUUGCAACACGCAGAAAAAUUCUUCUGGAGGUGAAAACUCUGGCAUUGAAUGCGACAAUGGUUCUAAUAAAAACAAUAUUCCACCCUCAGCUGAAUUGAAUGCUAGGAAUGAUUUCAAUGUAAUCAACUCAGAAGCAUCAAUUACAAGAGAAAUCAGUGCGGCAUGUGGCGAUGAAUCUCUUGUUUUGAAUAAGUCAACAGAUAGAUUUACUGAGUCACCCUCCAAAGAUAAUUUUGGGAACCAAUCUGAAUGUAAGGUAACAAAGACCAACUUGACCAGACCAUUAAUAACCUAUCAAUGUUACAAAAGAAAAAAGUGUAUGAAUGGAAUUGAUAAGAAAAGCAAUUCAUUGCACGAGAAGGAAAACAUUCCAGUUCUAGCCAAGUGGAGCAUGCUUGCAAAUGCUAAUCCCUCUUCCAGCAACGGAUCAUCUUGUGACGAGUGUCCUGUAAACAGUGUACCUGACCUUAAUCAAACUCAGACACAAGAUGAUACAUCUUCUAGAAGCUGUUCUAGGAUUUUUCCAACAGACCUUAAUCUAUCGGCAGAGCUUUCUGAAAGAGGGGAGCUUCAUCAGACUCGAGAAAAGGUGAGAAAUGCCGACGCUCCAUGUACUAGUGGAGUUGUUUCUGAAACCCGUAUGGCACACGUGGGAGAGCACCUGCAUCAUGGAGAAGACACAGCGAAAACCAACUCUCACAUGGCUGGAACAGAAGUUCCAAGCCAGAGUUCUCUGGUGCACAAGGAAGUCCAACAUCUUGAUAAGGAUUGCCAAGGAAUCUCUAUCAUUCUUGAUUCCAGAGAUCUCUGUCCUGGUUCUGCAACUGCUGACCGAGAACUAGAGGAGUUCCAACCCUCUGUGAAAGAAGCUAUUCAAAAUGUUAUGUUCAAUGACCUGAAGAAAAGUGGAGGGCACCAACCUCAGAGUAGUGACCUGCCCCCUAACUUUGCAGAAGAGCACACUGUUGAAUUGAACCUUGGUGCUGACAAGGAUUCCCUUCACUUGGGGACGAAAACUCUUGUAGACAAAUCUGACUCUACAAGCAGUAGAUCUGCCAUUGUCGAAAAUCAAGUAACUCAGCUGGAAUUUUUAAGCUCUAGCAAUACAAAGCUGAUUUCAGAUGGAAAGACUAUUGAUGACGUCUGUUCAAGUAUUACUCAAUCUCAAUCAGGUGGUUGCAUGAUGUUGGAUGAAAGAACAAAUGUUCAACAAACUAAAACUAAUCAACUAAAGCACAUGCCAAUCGUUUCUCUUUCUUUGGGUUUGUCUCUACCCACAGAGCUUGAAACUGGAGGUUGUGAUUCCUCUAACUGUUUGCCUACAUUGCCUCUUUUUAAUUUAACCGCUGGAACUAGAGAUAUUGUCCAAGAUGGAUUAUGUCACUCUUCAACAAACCGGAAACCAUUGCUUCUCAGGCACAAGGCAGUGCUUGACAACAUCGUAAGCAAAACAAGAGCUUUAAAUGAAAGAGGCAAUUUUCAAGAAAAUCUCAAGCUACACCCUACAAUGUGGUCUGAAGAGAAUUGGAUUUUCUCUGGAUUGGUGUGA